AUGUCAGCCCACACUGCGAAGAGAAGGAAACUAAGCCCGCCCCCAGAAAAUGGAUCUACUCAGAAGUUCAGCUCAAACGGCCGGGAUGCUGAGGCGUCGAGGAGUAUCCGUUCAAGCAGAAAAGUGCAGGGCGACCGCUCCGGAGAACUUGCACUAGCCAGUGGACUCUACAAGUCCAGCUUCUUCAAACUGCAACUGGAUGAACUGCUGUCGUCGUCGAAGCCCAAUUACGACAAACAGGUCUCAAGAGUUCAGGACACUCUACACAGAGUAAAGGAGGCCAUCGAACGACUCCACGAGAGACCUCCGAUGCUAGCUUGUGAGGCGGAGAGGGAAUUGCGCACCACAUAUGGCAUUGUUGUCCCGUUCCCGGAGCCGCGACCCUCGAGGGAGACAAAAUACCCUGUAUCUUAUGCUCCGCCAACGGACAUCAAUGUGGUAGGGAGUUUUGCCUCGAGAACCGGUACCAAGCAGACAGAGAAGUACACAAUCGAUCUAGCAGUGACAAUGCCGCGUUCACUUUUCCAGGAGAAAGAUUAUGUCAAUUACCGCUUCUUCCACAAACGAGCGUACUACAUUGCAUGUCUUGCUGCCGGCCUUCGGGAAGCGCAAGACCUCGGCCUGGAUGUCAAAUUCGCUACGCAGGAAGGCGAUAGCCUUCGUCCAGUCCUCAUCUUGGAACCGAGCAGUACUAGCAGCGAUUUAGCGCUCGCAAAGUCCCAGAUCCGCGUCAUCACGGCUAUCGAAGAUGAUUUGUUUCCCAUCUCUCGAACGUUGCCAGCGAAGAAUAACGUGCGUCACGUCUCAAGCGAAAACACCGGCAAUAGUGAGCCUACGCCCUUUUAUAAUUCGGCUCUUCGCUCAGAGGCCACCGUCGCGUCUUAUCACAAACACGUACAUUCGACCAUUCGGCAAUGCGACUCUUACCGAGACGCUUGUCUUCUAGGCCGAAUCUGGCUCCAGCAACGGGGUUUCGCCUCAUCGUUUCACUUGGGCGGCUUCGGGGGCUUUGAGUGGGCGUUGCUCAUGUCUCUUUUGUUGGAGGGUGGCGGUGCUAACGGGAAACCGAUCCUUCUCAAAUCGUAUAGUUGCUAUCAGCUGUUCAAAGCGACUAUACAAUUUCUCGCGGGCCGUGACCUUACCAAGCCAUUACUAUUUUCCACUGUUGAUGGAAUUUCAUUUGCCGGGGAUGGGCCUGUCGUAUACGACGGGAAACGUGGAAUCAAUAUACUCUACAAGAUGACGCCUUGGUCUUAUGCUUUCCUUCGCCACGAAGCAGGCAUAACUCUCAAAAUGUUGAACGAGUCGCGUGAUGACAACUUUGAUAAAGUCUUCAUUGUGAAGGUCAAUGAACCCAUGUUGAGAUUCGAUCGGAUCAUUGCACUCCCCUCUUUUGACAACGGCAACAUUCUUCAAGCUAUUCGCAAUCAGCAGGCUAUCUACGGUGUCCUUUUGAAAGCUCUUGGAGAUCGAGUCAAACUUAUUCACAUCUCCAGCUGCUCCAUCGAACCAUGGUCUGCCCUAGCCAAACCACCGUCGAAGAAGCUAAAGGAAAGAAUAUCAGUUGGACUGCUUUUGAAUCCAGAGAACGUUUCGCGCGUUGUCGACCAUGGCCCUUCCGCGGAGCAAAAGGAAGAAGCAGCAUCUUUCCAGUCGUUUUGGGGAGAGAAAGCUGAACUCCGGCGCUUCAAAGAUGGUAGUAUUCUGGAGAGUCUUGUGUGGUCCGAUCAUCCAUCCUCGAAAUCGAUAGUCUUUCAGAUAUUGUCUUAUAUCCUGCGGCGCCAUUUCAAUUUUGUCGACCAAGACAUUCAUUAUAUUGGCGACGAAUUCGAGGAGAAACUUAUCAGCUACGGAAAUGGUAUAGUCUCAUAUACUAGCCCGUCCUUCCAGCUGAUCGCCGAUGCCUUCAGCUCGUUGGAAAAGUCUAUUCAAGACAUGGAAGGUGUUCCAUUGACGGUGAGACACUUAGCCCCUGCUAGCCCGCUUUUGCGAUACACUGCCCUCCGGGUUCAACAUGCUCCUAGCAUACCGGGUGAACGCGUCGAUGUGGUGCUCCAGUUCGAGAGCUCGGCGCGUUGGCCGGACGAUCUUGCGGCAAUUCAGAUGACGAAAGUGGCCUUUCUUGUCAAAAUAGGCGAUUGCUUAGAAUCCUCUGGUGUCGCUACUUCUUGUAGAGUGGGCUUAGAGAACGAGACCAGCCGAAUUAUCAAUAACGCAUAUCUUGACAUUUUCCAUGCAUCCGGUGUCAUAUUCCGCUUGCGCAUUCAUCACGAUCGAGAGCAAACCCUGUUAGAACGGCUGCUGAAGCAGAAAGGAGAGAGCGCUCAAGCAAAGCAGGAUGUGGCGUACGCUCUGGCGAUGUACAAGCGCACGUUUCUCCAAUCACCUCGUCUCACUCAAGCAAUCCGUACCCUGUGUACACGUCAUCCAUUGCUGUCGCCUACCGUUCGCUUAGUCAAGCAUUGGUUCAAUUGUCAUCUCUUCAAAGGUCAUGUAUACGACGAAUUGGUGGAGUUGUUCGCAGUUCGGGUGUUCACGCAGCCGUAUCCAUGGGAUACUCCGUCCAGUGUCAUGGCUGGCUUCCUGAGAACGCUCCAUCUGCUCUCACGGUGGGAUUGGCAGCAAGAGCCGUUAAUGAUUGACCUGGGCGGGCAGUUAGAUCAAAAUACAGUUGAAGUGAUCCGCACGCGCUUUGCCGCCUGGCGAAAGAUCGAUCCGGCGAUGAAUAAUGUCGCUCUGUUUGUGGCUUCAGAUAUUGAUACCGACGGGAUCUCCUGGACACAGUAUGAAAUGCCUUCGAAGGUUGUGGCAGCUCGCAUGUCCUCUUUGGCAAAGGCGGCUGUGAGAUUGAUGCGAGAAAAAGGAUAUGCUCUCGACGUUUCCGACCUCUUUCAUACAUCUUUAGCGCCUUAUGAUUUUAUUUUGAGUUUACGGUCGAAGGCCCUCACGGAAGUCCUAGCAUCGUCAUCAUCCAGAUUCAAGAACCUGCAACAACAGGUCAUUCCAGAGCGAGCCGAUAAGCUCACUGUGGUCAGAGCAUUCGUUCGCGAAUUGCAGGCGUGCUUUAGUCCAAACAUUCUGUUCUUUCAUGGCGAUGAGCAGUGCGACGUGAUUGCAGGCCUCUGGAACCCACAUACGGUUAAGCCCAAGAAUUGGAGCCUAAAGAUGACAUAUUCCACAUUACCCAUUGCCCUGGUGAGACCGGAGGUGAAAGGCAGUGAAGAUGUCUACAUCAACCAGACGGCUAUCUUGAACGAGAUUGCGAGGCUGGGGGCACAAUUGAUUGAAGGGAUAGAUGUGCACAAAGAAGCCACGGGAAAUAGUGCUUAG